AUUCUUCAGUGUCUAACAGAUAGAGAGAGAAAGUAGAGCGAGAAAAAUAUAGCCCCCGGGGAACUGCGCUUCAUUCACCUAACCAUUUUCUCUCUUCUUCUUCAAUUGAAAAAGCUUUUUUUUUUUUUUUUUUCUGGGUGUGAUCGUUAGAGGGAGAGAGAUGUACGUAGCUUCCAUGCGUAAGUCUUUCAAGGACUCCUUGAAAGUCCUUGAAGCUGAUAUCCAGCACGCCAAUACCCUGGUGAUCACUGUUCCUACAAGGGCGUCAGAUUUUUCGAGGGAGUAUGAUGGGGCAUGCCUUCAGAUGAGAAUGUCAUACAGUCCAGCCGCACACUUGUUCCUAUUUCUAGUGCAAUGGACAGAUUGUCAUCUUGCUGGAGCCCUUGGACUGUUAAGAGUCCUAAUUUAUAAGGUGUAUGUGGAUGGGACAACCACCAUGACUACCCAUGAAAGAAAAGCAAGUAUUAGAGAAUUCUAUGGGGUAAUUUACCCCUCUUUAUUGCAACUUCAAAAAGGCGUUACUGAUAAUGAGGAUAAAAGGCAAAAGGCUGUGUGCAUGGAGAGGUAUCGUAGAAGAGAUGAUGAGGAGUAUAGGCAAUCUUCUGACAUAGACUUUGAAAGAGAUGAUGAAUGUGGAAUAUGCUUGGAGAUGAAUAGUAAGAUUGUGUUGCCCAACUGCAAUCAUGCCAUGUGCCUGAAAUGUUACCGAGAAUGGCGAACGAUAUCACAGUCAUGCCCAUUUUGCCGUGACAGUCUGAAGAGAGUGAAGUCAUGUGAUCUAUGGGUAUUGACUGAUAGGAGGGAUGUGGUAGAUAUGACAACAGUGACAAGGGAGAAUCUUAGAAGGCUUUUCAUGUACAUAGAUAAGUUGCCUUUGAUUGUUCCAGAAUCCCUUUUUGAUACUUAUGACUCUCACAUAAGGUAAGUGAUUGCAACAGACAGAUUUUAAUGUAUGCUGUUGUCUUGGAUGGAUAGUUAUUCCCUUUCAAUUCAAGUUUAGUUUAUGUAUAGAAUUGCAAGUGCUUGCUUCCCACUUCUACUAGAAGUAUCCAGCCGUGUAAUUGUUGGUUGGUGGUGAAGUUGAGAUGGUAAAUUGUAUCUACCUUGAUCAUUUGUAUAUCCCUGUACAGAUCAAAUUAUUAACAAGAUAUUUGCUCAUUCUGCUCCUUUCAUUUAAGUGUG